AUGGGUCCUCCUAAGCGCAAAGUCUUAGCAACAGCCGAAGAAGGCCUCUAUCCACCCGAAACACUCCUAGAGGGGCAUCAAAUCGCUCGAAUCAUUAAAGCAACAGGAAACAAUCUGUAUUCGGUCGAAUGGCCCUCCAAACAAACAGCUCUGGUAGAGCUUUCGGCUCGUUUUCGAUCCAAAAUCUGGAUGAAAAGGGGUUCCUAUGUUGUUGUUGAUACCAAUGCGCUCGAUGGUCGUGAAAAUAAGAUUGCAGGGGAGAUCGUGAAUGUCGUACGAGAUGAGAAAGCAUGGCGCAAAGCAGCUUUUUGGCCGAAAGAGUUUGUCAAGCAGUCAUAUCUACCUUCGGACUCGGAGGAUGAAGAAGAAUCCAGAGUAGGCAAGAUGCCUUCUUCUGACGAGGAGGACGAUGAGUAA